GGCGAGACGCAUGCAGUGCUUGGAACAGGCCUUCGCUUCUCUUACAUUGUGUCUAGACCAGCAUAGCACGCCAUGCCUCCCACUUCUACCUCAAUAGGGGCGCCCUCCCAGCGAACCCAACCUUCUCGCAAGGGCAAAAAAGCGUGGCGCAAAAACGUCGACAUAUCCCCCGUCACCUCUGGACUAGAAAUUCUCCGCGAAGAAAUCAUUCAGCAUGGGAAACCCUUGGCAGAGAAGGCGCAGAGCGAGCUGUUCACUUUGGACACGACGGGCUCCAAGGAGGAGGUGUUGCGACAGGCAAAAGCGGGGAAAACUCAUCGGGGCCGGAUUUUGAAGAUGGAUGAGAUUCUCGGACGGAGGAGUGCUGUCCCCGCAUUGGAAAAUUCGAAGAGGAACAAGAGGACGCUCAGUGCCGUCGUGACGGACGGCGUGCUCGAGCCAUCGAGCAAAAGGCAGAAGAAGGACUGGGUGAGCAAGAAGGAGGUUGCUCGGCUGCGGAACAAUCUGGAUACGACAGCACAUUUGGACGAGGAGAACAUCGACACUGCCACCUCAUCCUUCGAUCUUUGGGCCGACAACGACAACUCCGACGCCGUGCGGGUAUCAUCUGCAGCGGGGACUACUUCUGCAUCCGUCACCACACCGAGAGAAAACGAAUAUAUCCCCAAACCUCGCGCCAAAGUCGCUCCCUCCUCCCUCCGCCGUCCACCCGUCGCUCUCACAUCGACCGGCGUGCCCACCCAGGCCGUGCCGAAACCCGACGCAGGACAGAGCUACAACCCUUCCUUUGAGGACUGGGACUCCCUCCUGACCCGCGAAGGCGAGAAAGAAGUCCAGGCCGAGCGCCGCCGUCUCCGGGAGGCUCAGAUCGCGGCGGAAAAACAGGCCCGGAUCGACGCGCUCGCCAACCAGCCAGACCCGAGGCCGGAGGACAACCAGGAGAGCGAGUGGGAAGGGUUCGAGACGGAGGACGAGGGCAAUCCGGCGGAUCUCCUGAAGAGGAAGCGGCCGGAGCGAAAAACGCCCGCGCAACGGAACAAAAUAAAACGUCGCAAAGAGGCCGAACGGCUGGCGAAACACCAGGCGAGAAUGGCAGAGCGGCAGAGAAGGGGCGAGGAGAUCGUACAGGCCCUGCUCGAGACGCAGGAACGCGGCAAUGAACUCGACAGUGCCGACGCCGACGCCGACACCGAGCACCAGCGCGAUGAUCAAUCCACAACAGCAACCGCAGCCGCAGCCGCAGCGAGCGGAGCAGAGACGGUGCUCCGGCGCAAGGCCACGCUGGGCCCCUCGCGCGCCGUGAUCCCGCCCGCGCCGCUCGAGCUGGUCCUGCCCGACGAACUGCAAGAGUCCCUGCGCCGGCUGAGGCCCGAGGGCAACCUGCUGUCGGAGCGGUUCCGCCACAUCCUGGUCAACGGCAAGCUGGAGGCGCGCAAGCCCGUGUCCUACGCCGCGAGCAAGAAGAAGCGGGUCAAGGUCACGGAGAAGUGGUGGUCCAAGGAUUUCGCCCUGCGCAUCUAAAGCCGGUUCCGUUUGGGUUGGACCGGGUUUUGGCUGCUUGGGAUGGGAUGGAUGGGUGGGUUGGUCGGUUGGUCGGUGACCAUCCACCCCGUGACGACGUAAAAGGGGGUUUUAGAGGAAACACACCAAAAUUGAGGCUCGAAGUAAUUUUCCGCGAGGGAAAUCAUAUAUCGACACCGCCUUGUCACCACAUGCUGUUCUAUGCUCUCAGUGCCUCUCUCUCCCUUCUUAAAUCCAAGGACAAAAACCCUGGACUACUUCUUCAAGUAUACGUAGGCGGUGGCCCGAUUCUUUACCUGUGUACACAUUGCCCACCGAUAUAUCGCUCGCCGUCCAUUUCCUGCUCGUUGCAUGGAGGAACGUUUUCGGAGCCGAUGAUAAAUUUGGAAGGGGUAUCAUUACUGCAAAGUUUCCUGCAAAAAGAAGCGACCGUUCC